AUGGAAGUGGAUAUGAUACAAAAACCUGCACUGGCAGUUGAUCCACCGGAUGCAUCUUUCGAUCCAGAAAUAACGCCGGAAACCGGCGAACAGUAUUUACAGAAGGUGAUGUACGAACGGGGUAAGUGUCCGGUGGUAGUUGUUGCGGAAAAGCCACAAUCCUUCAUUGAGCAGAAAACCCUUUCCGGACUGGCUGCCCUUCCAACGGACGAGGUUAAAAACAUAGCACACCGUGCACUGAUACCGACGCGGGAAUGGGAAACGAUGCAGAAUCAAAAGUUCUCCGAACUUCGUGACACCAUCACAUCGUACCGCAGCAGUGCACAGUACCAGGAAAACCUCCAGCGAACGCACGUAUACCUCAACUUUGACGAUCGGAAACAUCUGCACGAAUACUGUGCCAACAACCUGCCGUACGUGAGCAUUUUGCUUAGCAUCCCGCAACGAAAUCUAGAGAUUUUGCUCGAGUAUCUGCACGAAUGGUUGCAGGACUCGGAUCAGGGUUCGUCGAUCGCUUCACAGCAGCUGGACGAACCGUCCGACCCGGAACUGUGCGAUACAACUACAACGAUGACACCGUCCACUAUCAGCAAGGAACUGCAUCGUGGUGAAGGCUACCGCAAGGAUUGGAUACCGCAGUGGAUUUACGCGAUACUCGCCUGCUUGAUUAAACCCCUGGAACCGUACAUUCAUAGCGUGCUGCGAGACAUUGCAAAAACAUGCAUCGCAUUGCGCAACGAACUGAAACAAGAGGAUGAAGCGAAAGUGCUGCCGCUCAAUCUAUUGAUUAGUAUAAUUUCGAAGCACUUCAAUCAAUGUGAUUUGGGCGAUAACAUUGCCUGA